AUGGAGACUUUUCAGGAUGCUACAGAAUUAGACUCUUUCAGAAGAAGAUCGGGACAUCAAUCAACUCUUACUAAUUGCACAGGCAAGAUUUGGUUGUUUGUCAUAGAAGAAUGGGAAGUUCACUUAGUUGAGAAUCAUGAUCAACAUCUGACAGUAAGGGUAGUACAUCAACAGACAAGGCAGGAGGCUUUAGUCUCAGCGGCAUAUGCCUCUUGUGAUGCAAGCAUAAGAAGAAACUUAUGGGAUUCUAUGAUUCAUUUAGCAGGACAAUGGCAAAUUCCUUGGCUGGUGGGAGGUGAUUUUAAUAUGGUUUUGUUUGAUGAAGUGAAGUUAGGUGGUUUGCCAGUUUUGUUUCAAGAGACUGAAGACUUUGCAGCUUGCAUAAAUGACUGUCAUUCAUGCAUAAAUGACUGUCAUUUAUAUGAUCUGGGAUAUAUAGGCAGCACUUUCACAUGGUGGAAUGGCAGAUCAGAUGCAGCUACUAUUUUUAAGAGAUUAGAUAGAAUCUUGAGCAAUCAGAAGAUGAUAGAUCAGGCCCCUCAAAUGACUGUCACUCACCUGAUCAAAAAAAGGCUCAGACCAUCUCCACUUGAGUUGCAGAUAAGGCAAGAAACUGCGAGGAUCAUCAAGCCUUUCAAAUUUCUAAAUUUUUGGAUUCAUCAUGCUACUUUCAAUCAGGUUGUCUUUGAAAAUUGGACAGCAGAUUUUGCAGGAAAUCUUUUUCUAAUUUUUCAGCACAAACUAAAAAAGUUGAGGAGAGGACUGGUGGAAUGGAGUAAGGAAAGUAUGGAUCUAGUAGCUCAGUUGGUUGGAUACCUAAACUCUCACCUUGUUGGUGAGGAAGAGGUGAUUCUUGCACAUGAAUCUCAGUUUGAUGCUGAUCCUUCAAUGGAGAACAGAGCUCAGUUGCAUAGAGUGUGGCUAAGUACUAAUCAAGAUAUUACAGCUGAGGCAGUUAACUUCUAUAGCAGACAAUUUGCUGCUGAUAGAUGUCCUGAUGAUUUUAACUUAUUAAAGCAUAUUCCAAUAGUUAUUACUGAGGAGCAUAAUCAUGAACUAGUGGAAUUACCUUCUGAGGAGGAAAUCAAAUCAGCUAUUUUUGGACUUAGUGGGGACAGUGCAAGUGGUCCUGAUGGUUUCACUGGCUGUUUUUUUCAACAUUGUUCGAACAUAGUGGAGGAGGACAUUAUCAACAUGGUAAGAUCCUUCUUUGUUGGAUAUGAACUUCCCAAGUUCAUUGCUCAUACAAACCUGGUACUCAGGAAGUUUGGCUUCAGUGAAAUUGUUAUUGACAUGGUGUUUAGGCUGGUUUCAAGUAAUUGGUACUCAGUGCUCAUAAAUGGCCAAACACAUGCAAAAGUUCUCUCUAGAAGUUUAAAUGCACUUUUAGAAAAGGACAGAUUCAAACCAUUUGGCAUGCCUAAGUGGAGUCCUCUUAUUAAUCAUCUCUCAUAUGCUGAUGAUACCAUAUUAUUCUUGUCUGCAGAGAAAGAAUCAGUUAAGCUUAUGAUGAAGAAAAUUCAGCAAUAUGAAGAAGUGUCUGGACAAUUAGUCAACUUGAAUAAGAGUGUUGUCUAUGUUCAUCAUAAAGUUUCUCACACUAUGGUUAGAAGAAUAAUGGGAAUUACUAAGAUCAGAAAGGGAUCCUUUCCUUUUACUUAUCUGUGUUGCGCAAUAUACUAUGGAAGAAACAAGAUUGCAUAUUAUGAUGACAUAAUAAAGAAAAUUGGCAGAAGAAUACAAUCUUGGAAUGGGAAGAUGCUGUCCUAUGGUGGAAGGGCUGUAUUGAUUUCAAAUGUCCCGCAGAGUAUGCCUUUGCAUAUUCUUUCUGUUAUGAGCCCACCAAUUGGAGUGAUCAGACACAUACACAGGCUUCCGGCUAGAUUUUCCUGGAAUUAUAAAAGUGAUACAAGGUGCAGACACUGGAUCAAAUGGGAGGCUGCUUGUCUGCUAAAGGAAGAUGAUGGCCUUGUUCUUGACAUGUCAAAUGCUUUGUUCUGCAAAUUAUGGUGGAGCCUAAGAACAAAGCCUUCUCUAUGGGCUUCAUUCAUGAUAACAAGUGCCUUAUAUCAUUUUGUGGAAGAAAAUCAUGCAGAAGAGGAGAUUGAAGUGAAACAGUUUAAUAGUGGAGGAGAAUGGAAUUUGAGUGCUUUGAGGGAACAACUUUCUGAGGAUAUUGUUCAACAUAUAGUGCAAAAUAUCUCUCCACCAGUAGAUACAUUGCCUUUAGACAAAACUUGGUGGAUGUUGGAACAAAAUGGUAUCAAUAUUGAAGGCUUGCAGCUUAGUCAAGUGAUCAUAAAAUGCUGGAAACAUGAUGGACCUGCUAAGGUUCAUAAAACUAUUUGGCAACUGGUGAGGGUCAAGUUUUCAAGACUAGCUCAUGUGCCACCAGGAUGGCCAGAGUUAGUGGAUUGCUUAGAAACAUGGAGGCUAGUUUUGCAUUACAAGAAAAUCAUAUGUCAAGAACCAGCAGAGGGACACAUAAAGAUCAACACAGAUAGAGCUAUUAGGGGUAAUACAGGACCAAGUUCUUAUGGCUUUUGUUGCAGAAAUCACAAUUGA